AUGUCGAAAAUAACAAUCUUGGGGGCAGGAAUCACCGGCAUGGGAAUCGCCAGCCAACUCCCCAAAACCGCCGACAUAACAAUUCUAGGCGAAUUCCUCCCCGGCGACGCCAUGGACCAACGCUACGUCAGUCAAUGGGCGGGAGCCAUCUGGCUCGGCGUACACGACUCAACUCCCCGAGAGCAAGAGAUGCAACUGAACUCCUUCUCCGAGCUCUGGCGCAUCGCCGAGCGACACCCCGAGUCAGGCAUCCGGCAGAUCGAAAUGACGGAGAUCAUGGACAACGGGGACCCGGACAAGGUGUGGUAUCAGGGGAAGCUCCCCGGGUUCCGCUUUAUGGCGCCGGAGGAGCUUCCCAAGGGUGCCAAGUUUGGUAUGAAGUUCCAGACGGUGAUCAUUACGCCGCCGACGUUUCUGCCCUGGUUUAGACAGCGGUUGGAGGCGCAGGGUGUGAAGUUUCAGCGGACUUAUGUUAAGUCUUUGCGGGAUCUGAAGGGCUUGGGGAGUGAUGUGCUCAUCAACGCUACUGGGUUCGGUGCGAUGAAGCUGUUGGAUGUGGAGGAGAAACGCAUCACUCCUGUGCGGCAGCAGAAUAUAAGGCUUCGCAAGGAGGGAUACAAUCGGUGUUACAUCCGUCGUGGGCCAGACGGGUACUAUUCCACGGCGUUUGCGCGCGGAGAUGGCACGAUCUACAUGGGUGGGAUUAAGACUGUGGGUGAAGUCGACUUUGCUUCCUAUGAGGAUCAGCGUAAAAAGAUCAUGCAACGCCAGCACGAGAAUCAACCAGAUGUCUUCCCGUCACCGAACCCACUCGACUACGACUUCAUUACGGACCAUGUGGGCGUGUUUCCCAUUAUCGAGCACCAAUUCGGUGGCGUUCGCGUCGCGAAGGAAGUCCUUCAUGGACAGAAAGUCGUUCACGCGUAUGGCCAGGAAGCAGGUGGUUAUACCUUCAGUUUUGGACUUGGGAAGAAGGUGGCGAGCGACGUGCAGGAAUAUUUGACGGAGUUACCCAAACUUGCAGAUACACCUAUCCCUAGUAAGUUGUGA